AAGAUGGCGGACCGCAGCGUUGGCGCGGGUGGCAGCACAUCCCUGAGGGGACUGCGGGAACGGAUGGUUGCUGCGGCUCAUGCAAUCGCUGAAGAAAGAAGGAAUCAAAGUGGAGUUAGCCCGAUUGCGUCCCAGUCUUCAAAUCUGAGAUCAGCAUGUAAACCAGUAAUAGAUGGAUCUGUGCUUAAAAAUGAUGAAAAGCAAAGAUUAGCGAAGGAGCGCAGGGAAGAGAAGAGGAGACAGCAAGAUGCCAAUAAAGAAAUGCAACUACUUGAAAAAGCAAGAAAGGCCAAGAUCCAAUAUGAAAAACAGAUGGAAGAAAAACAGCGAAAGCUGAGAGAGCAAAAAGAAAAAGAUGAGCAGCGGAGAAUAUCCGCAGAAGAAAAAAGAAAACAGAAGUUAGAGGAAGAAAGGGAAAGAUAUAAAGCUGUUCUUUAUCGUACUUUGGAACGGAGCAGCCGUGCUGAACUUCGGCAAAAACGAUGGUCAUGGGAAGGCUCUAUACUGGCGAAUUCUGAGAGCAGAUCUGCCAAUAAGAGAUCUACAUCUACUGAAAAACUUGAACAGGGGACUUCUGCUUUUCAUAAACAAACGUUUAUGUCACCUGCAGGUCUUCAAAAUUCUGUUGCCAAAGGAAAAACGGAAAAGAAGAGAAGCUCAUCUUUAAAUAGAAGAGAUAGCAAACUACAUUCAUCUACUGAUACAGAACAAGGGGAAGAAAAGCCAGGUGCUCAUCGCUCGUAUAUCGGUUCCCAAGAGAAUAAUUUAAUCAGUCGCCUGCUCAUCCCAACAAAAGCGUCAUUAGCCAGAAGCAAAAGUGCUGCUUCAUUAUCCAUCCCUGGAAAAAAUAUUCCAGCCAUCAACAAUCACAUAUUCCAGCAUAUAAAUGUGCCCUCUCGUAGCUAUAGUAGUGACGAAUUGAAGACUACUAUCACAUUUCCCAAGUCAACAGUGAAAAUGCCUCCUCAAACAAAAUUAGAAAUGGCUCCCCAGGAGAAAGUAGAGAUACCCCUCAAGGCAAGUGUGGCAGUACCCCCCAAGGUGAAUGUGGAAGCAUUCCCCAGGGCAAGCACAGAAGCACCCACCAAGGCAAGCAUGGAAGCAUCCCCUAAGGCCAAAGUGGAAGCGCCCCCUGAGGUGGGUGUGGAAGCAUCCCCUGAGGCGAAUGUGGAAGCGCCCCCUGAAGCGAGCGUGGAAGUGACCCCCAAGGCGAGCAUGCACUCCUCCCCCGAGAUGAGCGAGGACUCAUCCCCCUUGGUGAGCGUGAAUGUGUCCCCAGUGGUGAGUACAGAUGAGUCCCUUGAGGUGAGCGUGGACACAUCCCCGGAGGUAAGCCUGGAAGUGCCCCCAGAGGAGAGCACGGAAGCAUCCCCUGAGGUGAUGAUAGAAGUAAACCCUGAGGUUAUGGUGGAAGCACCUCCUGAGGCAAGCGUGGAAGCACCCCCCAAGGCAUCCCCUGAGAUUAGCAUGGAAGCAUCUCCCAAGGCGAAGAAAUCAGAAAUGGACAAACAGACCUCAAACUCUAUUACCAAGAAGUGCCCAUCAUCGUACAUACCAUGUUAUAAAUGGUCAUCGUCUCCUGCAAGCGGGUAUCGUCCACCUUCUCCUAUUAGCACUAACAGGCAAAUCCAAAAGAACCGACCCCCGUCACCUUCACCAGUAGUUUCAAAACAAUCACCACAGGCUUCUCUUUCCAAUAAAAUAAUACCUGUUCAGUGUACCCCAAUUGUGCAAAAUACAUUGGGUACCGUCAAAAAAAGGAGAGAGGCAGUUUCUAAAACCACUAACAAAUGUGAACCUUCAAGCCAAAGACAUAUAAUCUAUGAAGAGUCUGGUAAUAAAAGCACACCAGGGACUAUGAAUGCCGAGGAGGCAACAAAAAUUUUGGCGGAAAGACGCCGCCUUGUUCGGGAACAGAGAGAAAAAGAAGAAGAAGAAAGACUCCAGCAAGAAAUGGAGCCAAGUGUCAUUAGAGAAAUGAAAGAUGUGGCGGAGAAAGCAGUUGAAGGCCAAGUCGAAGAGUUCUCAAAACUCGAAGAUGAGCAAGGACAAAAGGAUACUAAAAAGAAGAAAGGAUGUCAGGAUCAAGAAGACCAAGAAGUACUGCUACAGAAAGGGGACACCAAAAUAAAGGCUCAAGAGGAAGCUGACAAACGCAAGAAGGAACACGAGAGAAUUAUGUUACAAAAUUUACAAGAAAGAUUAGAAAGAAAAAAGAGAAUUGAGGAAAUUAUGAAGCGGACGAGAAAGACAGAUGUGAAUGCCUCAAAGGCUGCACAAACAUCUGGCAAUGACACAUACGAGGAGGAUGAAGCUGACGACGAGGAUGAGUCUGAAAGUGAUGAGGACUCUCUUGAUGAAAUGUUUCCAUCAGCCAUGCAAAAUGGCAGAAAUUCACCUACCAAACUCAAAGCCAAGAAAAUGUCACACAAGCUGGUGUUUCUAGAAGCCACCACUGGCCAGGUUCGUAAAGAGUCGAAAACAUAUUUUAAUGGCGAUUUGAAAACCUUCAAACAAAAAAGCAUGAAAGACCCUUUGACACAGAUAAAAGGUUCAAGACCAUCCACCAAAAGAACCAGACGUACAGCAAAAACCGGAAAAGUAAACGGAUCCAACACCAUAAGAUCCUCCCUGAGUUUGAAUUCAAAGCAGGAGUGGAUCUGUGACAAGAUGACGGACAUCAGAAGUCACCCAGAAACAUCUGUAUCACAUAUCCCUCCUGAUGACCACAAACACAAUCUGAAGGAUUCCAUGACAUUUUGCCAAAGUCCCCAGACACCUUUAGAUGACAAGAGAAGAAGCAAACCUGUUUCUCCUGAUUCGGAUGAGUAACCUUUCUGCAGCCUGGGAGAUUAACACACCUUCCACUCUGGAUAGCUCAACCCCCAGGUCCAUCUUCCAAAAUUUUCCUGCUUCCAACUUGAACCUGGCAAAGGAAAUGACCAUCAAAAAAAAAAAAAAAGGAAAACAUCAGAAGGUCACCUUGACAUAUAUCUCAGAAGAUGUUUAUAUAUCUUGUUCUCUUAUGUCCUCACAAGAGUUCUGAGUAAACAUCCAUUUUUGUUUUCCUUGAAAAAUCACCAUUGUCUCUCGUUCUUGUGUUUUCCUACCAACGUGUGUGCUGGAGUGAGUG